UGCAGUGUGGAUCGAUAAUACAACCAAAUUGGCAGUGGUGAAUGUGAAAAUUAUGAAAAAAUGAUUUGGUAGAAAAUCCUUCAGUUGCACCGCCAGCGUAUAUAUACUAGUAGAAUACCACAAAUAUUAAUAAAAAAUGCUUUUUGGCUUAAUACAAAAAAUUAAAUGUGUAUGCAGUAUGAUAAAUUGCAGUGCAAAAUAAAAUUACAAUAAAAGAAUAAAUCAAAUGUAAAGCAAAAACAAUCAAAUAGCCAAGUAACCUUAAAAAAAAUUGACCAAUCAACUACGUAACACCGACCAACCGUCCGCUUCUAUUUCAAAAAUUAGUUAAAACUUCUAAAAAACUUAGCAUACUUAUUAGCGCUGUCCGCUUCGGUUCACAUUCGCGUUCAUACAAACAACUAAAUAGCAACGAAAUUAUUGAAGAAAAGUUUAAAAGAGAGAGAGAGAGAGACGCGCUGUAAACGCAAAAGCUCAUCGGAAGCUUUCGUAGAAAAAUAAAUAUUGAAAAACAAACAUACUCCUAGGCACACAAACAACAACAAUAAAAAGGACAGAAGUGGAGUUAUGUGCAGGAAUUCGUGAACAAAUAGAGAGCGUAUAUUCGAUUCAAUGAAACAACUUACACGCGACUCAAGUACACAUAAAAGGCAGUUAUAGUAGUACGUGACAAUACACACAUACGCACACAAACGAACACGCAACACAAUACAUACGAGUGCACUCCAAUGUCGGAAACACACACAUUUAGGCAAUCGAGUUACGUAUGAGAGAGAUUGUCAAAUGUAAAAGAACUUCAAGGAUUUCCAAUACAAAUGAACGACAGCGAUACGCAUGAUUUGAUGGCAAGAGCAAUCGAAGUGUAAAAAAUAAUAAAGUUAAAACCAUAUCUUGUGAAAAAACACAUACACACAUACAUAUGUAACCACAAACGUAGACGUUUAAUAUAAUCUGUCAAGGACGUCAGUAAAACAAAUACUAUAAAUAUGUAAUGCAAAAGCGCAGAAUGCGCUUAAUAUGAACAACAACAAAAACGUGUGUAAAAUGUGCUUAGCUUAAUCGAGCGUUAUAGCUUUUUUGGUGAAGAAGCAAAUUUUGUUUUUGCGAAAAAAAAUAUUUCAGCGUGAUUUCACUAAGAAGCCCAACUUUUAGAACAUAUCAAAAAAAAAAUUUACACAAACAGAAAUAAACGCAUAAACACGCCGCAAAAUAUGCAACACCGCUAAUAAGUACUACACUUCAAAUCAGCAGUCAGCAUGUCGUUUGGCGAGCAAAGCGAGUUGCGGAACAGGGGCAGGGGUAGUGGCCGGGGCAGUAAUUUCAGCGCAUAUGCAAUGACAGCCGUUAGUUACCUCUCUAACGGUGCUCCAUCAUGCAGCAGUUGCAGUAGUAGUUGUCGGAGGAAUCGCCAUUUCAACGACUGCAGCAGCUGCUGUAACAACAAUAACCAAAAAGUAACAACUAUCGAACAAAAACUGCCACUUCGGCAAACAUUGCGGCAGCAGAAAACCAAUACUAGCAAUACGAAUGUCAGUAACAAAUGUAAACUCAACACCAGAGGAACCACCAGCCAACUCGUUGAUGAACAGCUCGAAGGCUGUUGUUCAGCGGGGUUCGGGGUUCCGCUAUAUUCAAGUUGUGGACGACUGAAACAGCGCCGAAGAUUCAGUUCGCUGCUGACAACAAAUGCCCCCACCUCGGCGUAUGCCUUCACCGGAUUGGUGCUGUUAUGUUCAGCGCUUUUGUCGCCAUGUAACGCCUUCCAGCUGGAUGGUUCUCAAAACUCUUUCGCCCAAUUUCGCAAAUGGUAUACGGGACUCAACGGCUCACUGGAGCUGGAGUUUAAGACUGAGCAGCCCAAUGGCUUGGUGCUCUAUACCGAUGAUGGCGGCACUUAUGAUUUCUUCGAGCUCAAACUGGUUGAGGGUGCACUGCGUUUGCGUUAUAAUUUGGGCGGUGGAGCGCAUAUCAUAACUGUGGGACGAGAAUUGCAUGAUGGACAUUGGCAUAAAGUGCAGGUUCUGCGCAAUGACGAACAAACAUCGCUUAUUGUGGAUGGCGUGUCGCAGAGCAGUACAACCAAGGGCAAGGAAUUUCAAUUUGGGAAAUUUGCCACCAACUCUGAUGUCUAUGUAGGCGGCAUGCCAAAUUGGUACAGCACAAAGUUGGCAUUGUUAGCUUUGCCAAGCGUGAUCUUCGAGCCGAGGUUCCGGGGUGCCAUACGCAAUUUGGUAUACGCCGAUCAGCCAGGUGGGGCGACACGCCGUCAGGAAAUGAAACAGCCUCGCGAUAUAAAGUGUGGAGAUGGUCCAUGCGACAACGGUGAAAUGCCAAAGGAGAAAGUGGCCAGGGGUGUACGAGGUGGUAACACUACUGAUGCUUGUGAACGGAGUGAUCCUUGUCAGCAUGGCGGUAUUUGUAUCUCAACCGAUUCAGGACCAAUAUGCGAGUGCCGAAACCUCGAGUAUGAUGGACAAUAUUGUGAAAAAGAAAAAGCGCCAUCAGAAGCAACAUUUCGCGGUCAACAGUUCCUGUCGUAUGAUCUUGGUCAGACUAGUGCCGAGCCGAUUGUGAGUGCUCAGGAUGCCAUAACGCUGUAUUUUCGCACUCGCCAACCCAAUGGCUUAUUAUUCUACACAGGGCACGGUACAGAUUACUUGAACUUGGCGCUACGUGAUGGUGGCGUUUCACUAACAAUGGGUCUGGCUAACGGUAAGCAGGAAAUGCAUAUCAAACCAUCUAAAGUGCGCUUCGAUGAUCAUCAGUGGCACAAAGUGACAGUGCACAGGCGAAUUCAGGAGAUAUCAUCGAUAACAAGUUUCUGUAGACUGGUAACAGUCGUUGAUGAUGUUUACACUGACCACUCGCAUAUAGCGGGAAAGUUCACGAUGCUCUCUUCAUCGCGUGUUUACGUUGGUGGUGCUGUCAAUCCACGCGCCUUACUUGGCGCUCGCGUACACAAUAAUUUUGUUGGUUGCCUACGUAAGGUUGAGUUCUCUGCCGAUACGCUAUUACUGAAUCUAAUCGAUUUGGCUAAAAGUGGUUCAAAACUAAUUCAAGUCGCUGGAAAUGUUGACUAUCAAUGCCCAAUUGGCGAUCCACAGGAUCCGGUUACGUUUACUACACGUGAAUCGCAUUUGGUCUUACCGCCAUGGGAAACUGGUAAGCAAAGCUCCAUCUCAUUUAAAUUCCGCACCAAAGAACCAAACGGAUUGAUCAUUUUGGCUACUGGUUCCAAGCAACCGCGCUCAAAAAAUGCUGUGCUAUUUGCCAUUGAGUUAUUGAACGGGCACAUUUACAUACACUUGGACUUGGGUUCGGGUGCGGCGAAGGUGCGUGCCUCCCGGCGUCGCGUGGACGAUGGAGAUUGGCACGAUUUGAUAUUGCGGCGCAACGGACGCGAUGCGAAGGUGAGCGUAGAUGGUGUUUGGAAUGAGUUCCGUACACCGGGCGAUGGUACCAUACUGGAAUUGGAUGGGCACAUGUAUGUGGGUGGCACAGGUCCAGCGUACAAUAAUAUCGCAUGGCCACCGGCUAUCUGGACGGCAACGUUACGACAAGGCUUUGUUGGCUGUUUGCGUGACUUGGUGCUAAGCGGCAAAGCGAUCGAUAUUGCAGCAUUCGCACGCUUACAGGACUCAGCAUCAGUGAAGCCUUCAUGCCACGUACAGGCUAACGUCUGUGCCGGUAAUCUUUGCUUGAAUGGUGGCACAUGCCUAGAGGGCUGGAACCGGCCGAUUUGUGACUGCACUGCUACGCUUUACGCGGGACCAACAUGCGGACGAGAAUUGGCCACACUAGCAUUCAACAGCAGCCAGCAUAUGACAGUGUGGCUGGGCAAUGGGCAAGGUACCAAAACGCAAACUGAGGAGCUAAUUAUACGCUUUAAGACAUCGCGUCCCACUGGUCUGAUACUGUUGACGAGCGCCGAAUCGAAUUCGCCUGAUCGGCUGGAGAUCGCAUUGGUGGCAGGACGUGUGCGUGCCAGUGUGCGCUUGAGUGAUCGAGAGAAGAAUCUACUUGCCGGCCAAUCGGUUUUGAAUGACAAUAACUGGCACACAAUACGAUUCUCGCGACGUGCCUCUAAUCUACGGCUACAAGUUGACGGGGUUCCCCCUGUCAGGGGUAUGUUAUCGGAGACUAUUCUCGGUCGCCACAGCACUAUCGAAAUACGUUCCAUCCACUUGGGUGGAAUGUUCCAUGCCGAGGAGGAAAUUCAAAUGACAUCUACUAUGCCAAAUUUUAUUGGCCAACUACAAGGAUUCAUUUUCAAUGGACAAAGGUAUAUAGAUAUUGUCAAGAAUUUGGGUCCUGAGUUAUCGGCACUGCCAAGCACUACAUUUAAACUAACGGCGCGUUUUGUGAAUUCACCACCCGGUAACCCCUACCAUGCUGCCACCUUCCGUUCGAAACACUCAUACGUGGGUUUGCCGAUGCUUAAGGCGUACUCGAGCGUCUCGGUGGAUUUCCGUUUCAAAACCGUCGAACCCAAUGGUUUGCUGCUAUAUAAUGGCGGACGUCGUAAUGACUUCAUUGCCUUGGAGUUGGUCAACGGGCAUAUUCAUUACACCUUUGAUAUUGGCGAUGGCCCAAUAACAAUGCGUGACAAAUCACGCAUACACAUGAACGACAACCGCUGGCAUCAAGUUAGCAUACGGCGACCGGGUCCCAAGACUCAUACACUCACGGUGGACGACUCGUUCGAGAUAGUGACAUUGACUGGCAAUAGCAUGCACCUGGAACUUUCUGGCAUACUCUAUAUUGGUGGCGUUUUCAAGGAUAUGUACGCCAAACUACCGGCAUCCAUUUCAUCGCGUUCCGGCUUUGAAGGUUGCCUUGCUUCCUUGGAUUUGGGCGAUACAUCGCCUACCCUGACUAGCGACGCAGUUGUGCCCAGCUCUCUGGUGGUGUCCGGGUGCGAGGGUCCGACGAAGUGCAGUCAGAAUGCAUGCGCCAAUCGUGGCGUCUGCGUACAACAAUGGAAUGCUUAUGUAUGUGAGUGUGACAUGACUUCAUAUACCGGCCCGACGUGUUAUGAUGAAUCGAUCGCCUAUGAGUUUGGCAACAAUAAAGGCAUAAUUCAGUAUGGCUUUCCGGAAAAUAUGCAAGCAGAUACAGAGGAGGACAACAUAGCUUUGGGUUUCAUUACAACCAAAUCAGAUGCAGUUAUUCUACGAAUCGAGAGUGCAACAACUCAGGAUUACAUGGAACUCGAAAUUGUCGAAGGCAAUAUUUUUAUGGUCUACAAUAUUGGUACGCGAGAUUUGCCUCUAGGUGAGAUUGGUACAAAGGUGAAUGAUAACACUUACCAUGUGGUGCGCUUUAGUCGCAAGGGCGGCAAUGCCACACUCCAACUAGACGACUACAAUGUCCAAACGCUGAGUCCCCAAGGACAUCAAUCGACCGUUUUCAAUACCAUGUCCAGCAUCCAGGUGGGCGGAAAAUUUAGCCGUGGCGGUAGAACACGCAUUGAACGUCCAUUUGCGGGUGUUAUUGCCGGAUUGUCGGUGAAUAAGUUACGCAUACUGGACUUGGCUGUUGAGCGUGAUCCACACAUAACCAUACGAGGAGAUGUUCAAUUGGUAACUGGAGUAUUAGAUAGAAAUGAUCUGCAAAGAAUGCAGCAGACUCCGGCGAGUGGCUAUCCCGGUGCUAUUGAUGAUUUAAUAUUUUCGGGUGCUGGUUCGGGUUGUCGUGGAGAUGAUGAAGAUGAAUGUACACCGCCAUUCGAAUCUGGCAGCGGAGAUGAUUUGAUAACACCAGUGUAUGUGCCGCCGACAAAACAAACAACAACAGCACAACAAAAUGUUAAUACAGACAAGACCAAUGGUACUGAGCGCGCUUGUGAUGAUGAAGAUUGCCUACAUGGAUCUGGUGAUUAUGGCGAGACUACGGAGCAGUUCACAUCCACCAGUACGGCAAAGGGAUCAGAGAGCAACAAUGAAGUGGCGUCGUCGACGACAGAUGGCGCUGGUCGGCGCACUGACACAUCAACAACUACAGAGCAACAGCGUUCAAGUAGCAUCAGUAGUAGCAGUAUUGUGACCCGAACCGAGAGUCAGACAAAUGUACCACGUGAAACAACCGUGCCGUACAGCGCAACUACGAGUAUAGUUACCCAGCAGCGGCAAACAUCGACACCAACAUCGGUCUACACUACUUCUACGCAGCGCGCAUCCACGUCGACCAUCAUAACAACAACCAGUCAAGCAACACCGUCACCCGAAAUCCAUUCCACAGCUACGGAACAUCAAACUACUCCCUAUGACAUAGUACAGGUAUUUAGCGGCGGUGAAGGUGGGGAACGACAUCACGGAGAUGAGGAUGAGAAGUCAAAUAUGAUAUUCAAUGGCGAGCAUACAUCUAUACCCGAAGAACGUCCAUCACCGCAUAUACCGUCGCCACAUGAAACGCCGCCAUAUUAUCAAAUACCACCACAGCAACCGCCUACUUAUGGCAACAACUAUCGUUCCAAGGGCAAGGGUGGUCGUGUUAACUCGAUUGAAGAGGAACGCACGGCCAUGAUAAUCGGUAUUGUGGCUGGUAUACUAAUAGCUGUUAUACUGGUCAUCUUGCUGGUGUUGUGGCUCAAAUCGACGGGCGAUCGCAACUAUAAGACGGAAGGAGAGAAAGCCGCUGCAUACGGUCAUAAUCCCAAUGCAGCAUUGUUGGGUAAUAGCAGCACAAAUGGAUCCUAUCAUCAGCAACGACACCAUGGGACACAUCAUCAGAAUCUGUCUAACGGGCAUAAUACAGGCGGAGGAGGUGGUGGCGGUGGUACUGGCGGUAGCGGUAGUGGCAGCAUGCUCGGUGCCUCUGGUGGUAGUAGUGGUGGCGUUGUCGGGUAUGGCUGUAUAAGCUCCGGCAUGGCUAACACUGGCGCCGAUGGCCGCCCACAAAUGGCAGGGCUGGUACAACCUAAGCCGAAAAAGCGAGAUUCCAAGGACGUGAAGGAGUGGUAUGUGUAAAUUGUUUUUAUUUGAGUGAAGACUGGUGGUGAUGUGGUGAGUUCUUGGAGCGGCAGUGAACGGACGAACAAAAUGUGGUUAAGUAUUUUAAUAUUUAAUUCAAAUUAGCAAUAAUAAAUUUAUGAUAUACAUAGUCAAAAGCACACAAACACCUACACAGACAAAAAGCAAACACACAUACAUACAUAUACAUGCAGAGAAACGUCAGAAAGGUCUUGAAAUCAUGAGGGUACAUACAUACAUACAUAUACGGUUACAUACAUAUUUCGUUUAUGUAUCUAACACCGCAGCAUAAGUAUAGCGGUAUUUAUUCAUACAGACAAACAGAUACAAUACAUAACGGUAGUUAACUACAGAAGUAUGGGCGGCGCAACACUCGAGGCAACAAGUAAGAAGGAUCAAUACUAACAAAGCCAACAGCCAACAAUAACAAAGACACAAUAAAAACAAAACAGCCUAUAAUAUAAAUAUAUGACAGUUUAAAAAUAUAUACCAAUACUUGGAAAUUAGUAACAAAAAGUUUAUCACUAAGCUAAAAAUAGAAAACUCAUAUGUAUGUAUGUAUAUGUAAUGUACAAAAAAGCAAAACAAGAGAGAUAAUAAUCAUGAGGUGCAUCAGCAGCCGCUUCAGUGAUGGAAAACAAUUUGAAAUCUAUGCAGGCUUUGCGUAAGCACAUAUGUAUGUAUAUAGGCAAGGGAAGGGUAUCACCCGAUAGGUUGGUGCGUUGGGGUACGCGCUUGUUCAUGUGCAAAACACUAUCGAUUCCCUAAAAUGCGCUCAGAACAUACAAUAUUAAAACUAAACUUUUGGAUAGACGGGGAAAAUUUGCAACGGCCGCUAUUACGUAUAAAUACUAUAUACCGUUUUCUCAUCUUACCAAUAAUUUGUGAGAUUUACUAAUCGAGCCCAUAAACUAUUCUAUGUUCCAAGUCUAGUCACGUUUUUCAUGCUGAAGUAGAAGCCGUUUAUUUUCUCCGAGGCUUUUUUGGUAUGAUUUCGUUGAUAAGGUGUGUUUAAGAUUACUAGGUUAUCAGCCUACCCUUCCGAUUCUGAUGCCGGGAUAGCCAACUUAGCUCCCAGACGAGCUGCCAGCUUUUGGCUUUAUGCAACACCCAUUUACACCUCCUUUUCUCGGUCGUCAGACCCUCGUUUGCUAACAGCGGGGGUAUCGCGUGUAGAUGAGAUGGACAUUGGAUGCGAGAGGCUAUAUCUUUGCAAAUCUGCAUCCCAGGGUGAAAACUUCCUAAUAAGCACUGAGCAACCGCGCACUAAAUACUAACCUCAAUGAUGGUGUGGAAACUGAAAAUUCCCAAUUUUUAUGCUCCAUGUACCGGUCGGGUUCCAUUCCAAGGCCGAUUGUGCAAUGUUAUUUGCGUCCUUUCUUAGCGUGUGCCCAAUACAGCCGUAUUUCUUGCGCUUAAUGUCAUUAUCUAUGCCUUUUUAUUUCGCGAUUUCCCAUAGCCUUUGAUUUGAAAUCGUUCGUGUCCAGAAAAUUCAUGUGUAUAAUGGUUUUUGUUGCGUGCCACGUCUCACUACCAUAAAGGAGAGCUGUUUUUACAAAAACGUUAAAAAUUUUCAAUUUUGUCGCUCGAUUAAUUGUGGAGGAUUUCCAUACUCUCGGAAGAGAAGCGUAAGCUCGCUUAGCCUUGUUUCGAAGAUUAUUUACAUGUGUACCUCCUACAGAUCUAAGAACGCUGCCUAGGUACGCAAAUUCCUCCACAUCAACAAGGGUGUCGUUAUCGAUGUAGAAAAGUUACACAUUUUAAGGGUUAGAGCUCAUAGUUUUCGAUUUUUAUAUAUUGAUUUUUAGACCAACUUUGUGGGAAACAGUGGAAAUGAUGUUUAACAUGCCUUGUAUUUCAUUGGGACUAACGGACAAUAAAACUACGUCAUCCUCGUAAGCUAUGCUUCUAAGCUUCUUAUUUAGUUUCCAUUGUAUACCACGCUUGGCGAAAUCACAACAUUCGAAGAUCAUAUCGAGAGUGACUAUAAAUAAAAGUGGAGAGAUAGCGCUGCCCUGCUUAACACCGAAAACUGUCUGAAAGCGUUGGCUCAGCUGUCCGGCGUGGAGUUCCCUGCUGCUGGCUCCGUUGUAUGAGCUUUUUAUUAUGCUGCUUAGUUUUGGUGGGAUACCGCGAGCUUACAGUGCGGCCCAUAUCGCAUCUCUCCUAAGCGCAUCAAAGACUUUAACCCUUUGGGGACGGAGCCGAUCGACGGGCGAGCGUCGCUGAGGUCGAGAGGUUUUGGAGUGCGCAGUAAAGAAAAUAAAUACGUUGAACGUUAAAAAAACUAAGGCUUAUUUUAAAACCCGAAAAUUUUUUCACUAAAUCAAUAAAUAAUUCUAAUGUUGAAAUGUCUGAGUAGAUUCCUUUUUGCACGGAUUUCACUUCCACUUGACGAAGUAAACCCGUCAACCCGUCUUAUCAGAUUCAAAGUAAUAUUCGUCAGAACUGUUGCUAUCUAACGUAUCAUCUCUAGAUCGUUUAGCAAUUGUGCGUAGGAUAAAAUAUAUAAAAAGCCUGCUGGUUCCUCUGGCAGUGACACUGAGAGGCUGAAUCGAAGAACUGAAAUUCGUUCUGACUCUACCGUCAACUUACAUCGUAAGUUUACAUUAUAAGGAAGAUAAGACUUCAUCGCUAAUGGCCCCUAAUGUCUUUGAAUGAAAACGAGACGGUAAAACGGCUUGGGCGGCUAUAUGCCGAUACUCGUUCCCAAAGGGUUAAUAUAGUCAAUAAUUGUUCAAUGGUAAUGCGCAUUAUACUGACGAAUUGAGACACGAAUGAUUACGAUGAAAACUGGUUUGAAUUUUUGCAUGUAUGUAUAUGUGCGUGCAUCGCCUAAAAGUACAGGUAUUUCUCCUUUUCCUGAUUUUUCAGUUUUUUGAUUACCUAUGUAACAAGGAAAUUAUACACCUUUAGCCAAGUGUAACGUAUUAUAAGGCUUUUAAGAAAAAUGUCCUUAUGACCCCAAACUGGUUUACUCGCUUACUAUACAUAGUACUGCCUGGAAUAAGUUCCUUUCUCUCACGCUUCCACCCCUGAAAUAAUCAGAACUAAGUCAGAUAAGAGGCCAUUUCUUACCUUGAAUAUUUGGUUAUAACGGUGUUAAGUACUUAGCAACUCUGCGACGAGAUCUCUGAACUUUUCCAGGUUCGGCGUAACUAUUGUUGAGCCAAGAGCUUUUAGUACUGUACAGCUCUACUAGUUCUGGAUUGUUACGAGUUCAGAUCUGUUUGUAGAUAGCAAAUACUUUCGAUUGAAAAAAUACGCUCUGAGUCUGGUAGCAAGACAAAGUUUGAUGUAUUCCUUGCAUGGAAAGGUAUACAAUUAAAUAAAAAAUUAAAUUAAUAUUAGUUGAACAGGCAAGAACUGUUAAGCAUUAUGAAGUCUGAUUCGGCUGCUGAUGUUCUAAGUGAAUCCAUGUUUGAAUUUAUGUUAAAGAAUUUAGCAAAAACAGUGGGUUUCUUUUGGGGAAAAGUCCGAUAGAAAUAAAUUAAGAUUAUUUUAGCAAAAUAAAAAUAAACCUAGGGGCCAUAUGCGAAUAUAAAUAGAAUAUUUAAUGUAAAGUACUGUAUAAUAAGGAUAUAUUAGACUUAAAAAAUAUAUAUGAACUCUGAAUAAGGCCUCAAGAGUGUGAAGCACAGUUAUGUACGUACAGAAGUGGGAUGAUUGUUUAUUAUGGGCAAAUGCAUGGAAAUAAAUACUGGACGCAAUGUUGGCUACAAAUAAAAAAUAUAAAUAUAUUACACUUAAUAUAUAUAAAAACAACAAAAAGAAAAGCAAAUUUUAGCGAAUAAUUGCCGUCGAACGGCGAAGAAUCUAUGGCUUAAUAAAUAAAUUAAAUAAAUACAAAUAAAAUAGGCAAAAAAAGAAAAUUAAAUCAAGUAGUUCCAAAUUCAAGCAAAUCUACAUAAAUAUUUAACCAAAUUUGAUUCGUUGAAUUCUUCAUGUAAAGUUUAAAACAAUAAAAAAAAUUAACAAAUGUGGUGCUGUAAUUUAAUACUUAGUCCGAAAUUUUUAAAAACAAAUUCAAUUUCUUUAAUUUAAUACAAAAAUAUAACUAACAUAUACUACAAAACAAGAGACAAAUAACAUAACAAUACAUAAAGUAAAGUAAUUAAAAACUUAAGUAUUAUGUUGAUCUACAACAAACUAAAUCUUAUAAAAGUAAUAAUUAAAAUCUGUGACAAAAACGAAUAUUAAGUAUUAUUGCAGAUAUUAUGAAAUAAUCACUAUUAACUACUUACAUACAUAUUUGGCUUUGACACUCCAAAAAAACCAAAAAGCAAAAAAACGGGCUCAGAAAGUAAGCAACACUACGCUUGGUAAUUCUUUCGAUGCAAUUUUAUAUGCCCCUCGCCAAUGUACACACACUCGCGCAAUAAUUCGAAAGUUCUCAAACUCACGCACACCAGUUGGCUUACUGCACUUAGAUGCUUGCAUACACGCCCACACGCCACACGCUCACAUCUACUUACACCAAUUCCGACACAUACUCGUACACGCUGUACAUAAUUUUGUCCAUCAUAUCUAUGACGCCAUGUUGCGUACGGCGUCAUCUUUGUACGUAUGAAGGCAAUAUAUUGCCAGUGUUCACUGUAUCAAAUUUAACUUUUUACAAUAUUUAUUAUAUACAAGAACAUCGUAAAAACUAGAACAAGCUACCAAAUAGCAAACAUUUUUACACAAAAUGCGUGUUUGUAUAUCGUUUUUGAUGCUGAUACAAUAGACAUUUUUUUGUGUUGGUUUUUUAAGAAUUUUUGUAAGACCUUUUGUCUAUACUUAGACUUAAAAGAUAAAUGCUUAACUUGAACAUAUCAAAUGCAAAGGCACACGUUUUGAAAUACGAUUAACGAAAACUAAGUAAAUGGAUAAACAAUCGAUACUUACACACAUUGAAAACAAUUCAUCACUUGCUACAUCAAACUUCACGCACCUGUUAGCGCAAGAAUGUAACUUGACAAGGCGCGAUAAACAUUCAUUCUUUGAUUUAAUAUUGGCAUAUACAGAAAUUGCUUUUUGAUCAUAAUGCAUGCAAAACACUAUGUGACUUACAUACAGCUUGAAGAUGCGGAGAUUUUCGCCAUAAUGAAAAUUUCGCUUACUAAACUUUUUUGAAUUUCUGGCUGACUUAAAACCUGUAGCCAUCCACAAUAUUUCAUCGUUUAUUAGAGAGACGAAUUGGAUUCACCCCACAUUGAGUACUAGAGGGGGAGCUUGAGACCAAGGUAGUGAUAUCUACAUCUGGCGACCACCGUAGCCAAACCUAAUCAACUUUUAAAGGUAAAGAAGUAUACAAAAAAGUGCAAGAAUGCAAAAACUUUCGUUAUCCACGAACAGUCGAUUGUCUUGUCAAUUACGAGUACAUCUAAAACGAUAAAUAAAUAAUUGGGUUAUACACUUCUACUAAAUGUUUGGCCGACCUCCUCCUCCUAUUUGUGGCGUGCGUCUUGAUGUUGUUCCACAAAUUGAGGUACCCACAGUUUUAAACAGACUCCGAAAGGCAGAUUUUUUUAUGAGAAGCUUUUCCAUGACACAAAUUCACUCGGAUGUUUGCCAUUGACUGGCGAGUGGCGACUAUUAUUAGAAACAACUUUGUCUUUAUUUUAGUGUUUCAUGCACGGAGAUUCGAACCUACCUUCUCCCGAAUUGUAGUCACGCACCAACCCAUUCGGCUAUGGCGGCAUUCGUAGCAUGGACGGAUAGGAUUUCUGACAGACAUAGUAUUUCAUCGUUUCUUAGGGAGAUGAAUUAGUUUCACCACCUUGGGAAGUAGAAGAUGUUUUUGCCCAAGCUUGUGGUAUUAUAAUGAACCUCCAAUCCUUCCUACUUUCUCAUGGAGAGUAGCAACCAGCGCAGCCAAACUUAAUCUACUCUUAAAGAUGAAAAAAGUGCAAAAAUGCAAAAGCAGUCGCUUAAAAAAAUGAAACCCUAACAGUCAAAGUGUAAUUUAAAUCUUUAUUGGAGUAACUAAUCAUUAGUGUCUGGAGAUAUCUAUAAAACUGAGUCUGUAUGUAAGCAUAUGCAAAUACAAAAAGAAGGAUUCGGUAACUUUUAAAUAAAUUUCAUAUGAAUUCCAGAAUGUCUGUAAUGCGUCCAUGAUAUGAAUAAUGAAUUUCACCCACUAUCGAUUUUUAAAAAGCACAGGAGAAAAUAUUUUUUGACACUUUAGCUGCAAAGGACUUGAAGAAUUAGAACUCAGCGUAUUUAUACAAAACAAUUUCACAUAGUGUUGCUUUUGUUUAACGCAAAUUUGUUUUGUUUAUUCUCAUACAUAUUUUAAAUUAAAUAAUUAAAGAUUAAGAACCCUUAGUUUGUUUAUCCUUAGCUUGCUUUUCAAAAACGAAGUAUAUAUUUGACGUGCAACUUGAAAUGCUUUCGUGCGCCACUAAUACCACCCAAAAACUUGAUCACACAAAUAAUGCGGCACACAUAAAUUCUUAGACGAAAAACAAAAUUCAUGAGAAAAAACUCACGAAUCAUCUCACGUAACAAAACAAUACAUAAAGGCAUAAAUUAAAAAAGGAACACACACACACAAAUGACAAAUUAUAGCUGCAAAAUCCCACGUACUUGUGUAUAAACACCAAAUAAGCAAAACAAAAAAUUUCAAAAAAAUAUAAAUAAAAAAUUGUGCACCCUAAAACGAAUAUUUAAAUUUUCCUGAAAUUCUCUUUACAAUUUAUUAUUAAUUAUUGUACACAAAGGAAGGUGAUAGACAAUUGAACCGCAAGAAACAAAUUAAAUAAUAACAUGAAUAUAUUUUAAUUAAGAAAUCUUAUUGUUACAUUGUAUGUACUUUAUAAGCGUGAACGAAUGAAAUACAAUAUACAAAUACAGUUAAUGCAUAUUUUCAAUUUAAACGUAUAUACAUAUGAACCUUGUUGUGGUUGAACUUUGAGGCCAUGUAUUCUAGAAUUCUUGUAUUUUCACCUCCGAAACUCAUAUCACGCAAAGUUAUAAUAUUGCACAAGAAAUUCUGCAUUUACUGUUAUUUUAACUCAAUCAAGAAAAAAAAUCUAAAAUAAGAAACCCUAAUAUAAAUUUAAGGAAUUCAUAGAAAAAGGUACUUUUUUGUUUUGCGGAAAUUCGUCGGCCAGGGUCAAUUUGCGUGGGUUCUCUCAGAAAUGUAUUAUUUUAUGUUAUUUGAUAAUUUUUAAUGAUUAUUUUAUUUGAUUCAUAUCCUUGAAUGAAUAAACGUUUAGCAAUUUGUUUUUACGCUUAAUGGCGCUACUGUAAUGUUUGUACGUAUGAAUGUACAUAUGUAUGUAUGUAUAUGUUACAUAUCUACGUUGUGUAUGUAGCUUGCGAAUUUUUGGGGUUUCAUUUUGACAUUUACUGUACCUACGAAAAAACUGUCAGCAUACGUAUUCCAUAUUUCACGAGACCUUCGUGAGAUCUAAGUUCUCUUAUACCGGCUGUUGAGUUAGUCAUCUAUGGAAGUUCAGUUCUCAGCACUGGAGUUUCGAUCUAAAAUUGGUGCCUUUGAAUCAAAAUAUCCAUAAGGAUUCGAUGCUCUUAGUGACGCAUAUCGACCUAACACCAAACAGUAACCGCCCUAGAAUGGGAAGCGUGUAUGCCAGAUGCAAAGUAUCUAAUAUGGCACCCAUUUCGGUAAUAUGGCUUACAUAAAAGCAGCAUUGGAAGCAAGUCCUGAAAAGCCAAACUAAGAGAUAAGAGAAACUAAGAGAAAGUUUAGAAAUUUGCGAAAUGUAUGCGAGUUUAAGAAAUUAUAUAAGUUUUCUGUGCGUCUGUAAAUUUGUAGUGCCUAAGUCUUCAAACACGAAUAGACAAAAUGGUACGACUGAGAGAUUUCAUACUAAUAUCUGAACUCUAUCGUUACCAUUCGAUUGUUCGCGUCAUCAAAGAAUGAGAAUCAGUUUCAGUCAUGGCGAAAAGAGAGGGUACUACGUAGUAUACCGUUAUUCGGCCGAAUUUCCGUUUAAGAGAAAAACGAGUGAUAUAGGGAAAAAAUCAAUCAAUGACAACACUUCGUUGAUAUCUAAACACCGACUGAUUGAACUAUGUAAAUACAUGUGAAAUGAUAGUGCAGAGUUCGGGUUCAGAAUUUUCCAAAUGAUGAAGCCAAAGUUUCCCUCCCAGUUUUUUUCACCAAACUUGAGUUUCAGCGCUCCAUAACAGUGAAAUCAUUUUCAUUGAGCUCAACCGAUGGUCAGACCGCUGAGAUUAGCGGCACGCUCUCACUAAAAUUCAUUCUUAUAUACCCAUUAUUUUAUGUUAAUUAUCUAACUAUAACAAUAAGUCAUUCCUUGAGAAAUGUGAAGAAACUUCAGAUAUGUGUACAGAUGUCUGUACAUUUGAAUACUAAUAAGGGUGUUCAAUUUAGAGUUAUCGAAUUUUUAAUUGAAAUAAAACAACGAAAAUUGAAAUUUCUUGAGCAAUCUCUAUUAUUUUUAUGUAGAAUUCUUCAUUUAUUUUUUUAAGAUAAUUACUUUCAAAUGUUGUAUGGCAAGUAACGCCGUCCGCCGUCUUAUCAGACCCAAAUGUUGUGGAGAUCACUGCCUUCAAUUUCCAGCAUCAAAAUGUCGGCAAUUUCCAGCAUCAAAGCGUUCGCCAUUCACUGGUACAUUGGUGCCAGCCGUGUCUUUGAAGAAAUAUGGGCCGAUAAUUCCUCCAUCCCAUGGGCCACACAAACUGUUGUUUUGGAUGGUUCAUUGGAUAAAUGGCUGUUCUUGAAUGGCUUCGGGUAGCACUUCGGCCCAAAUAUGUAAAUUUUGCUUGUUGACGUUGCCAUUGAGCCAAAACUGGGCCUCAUCGCUGAACACCAUAAGUUGGCCUGAGGGCGCGAUGAACACAUUUCGCAGAACGUCGAUGUUCGCAAUCCAUUGGUACGAUUUGUAAAGGUUGUUGAGGCGUAAGGUUUUCCAUAAAGAAAUGUCAAUGAAUACCGAAAAAAAUUAUGUAUUUAGUUUGACAGUAGUCACGCGUUAACAGUCAAAACCCGAAUUGGAAAAAGUAUAUCCAAUAUGUAAACCCUUAAUAAUAAAUAUAUACAUACUUGGCCGCGGCCGCCGUAGCCGAAUGGGUUGGUGCGUGAUUACCAUUCAGAAUUCACAGAGAGGUCGUUGGUUCGAAUCUCGGUGAAAGCAAAAUUAAUAAAAACAUUUUUUUAAUAGCGGUCGCCCCUCGGCAGGCAAUGGCAAACCUCCGAGUGUAUUUCUGCCAUGAAAAAGUCCUCAUAAAAAUAUCUGCCGUUCGGAGUCGGCUUGAAACUGUAGGUCUCUCCAUUUGUGGAACAACAUCAAGACGCACACCACAAAUAGGAGGAGGAGCUCGGCCAAACACCUAACAGAAGUGUACGCGCCAAUUAUUUAUUUUUUAUUUAUACAUACUUGGCGCUUAAACCCGUUUUGGGUGUUGGCCGAGCUCCUCCUCCUAUUUGUAGUGUGCGUAUUUAUGUUGCGUUACAAAUGGAGAGAUCUACAGCUUUAAGCCGACACCGAACGGCAUAUAUUUUUUAUGAGCAGCUCUUUUGUGGCAGAUAUACACUUAGGAGUUUGCCUUUGCCUGCCGAGAGGUGACCGUUAUUAGAAAACACAUUUUGUAUAAAUUGGUGUUUCGUGCCCUCGAUUUUACCUACAAAAAUUAUACUAUUUUAUUCAUCAUUUCCAAAAUAGAAUGACAAAAGAAAUUAUAUUGUUUUCUGUAUAAAUAUGUUUGUAACUGUGGAAUUGUUUUGAAUUCAAUUCCCCUUCACAUGAAAGGCUUCUUCAGUACAACAAAUUGAGUGUUGCUCAUACGCUCCCGUAACCCAAAAAGCGCUUCUUCUUCUUGAUUGCUGCGAUAAUUACUUAAGCGAUUUUGGCCGUUUAACAAAGCGCGUUGAACACACCAAGUGAAGCCAAGCCCUUCUCCCCUGAUCUUUCCAACUCAAGGAGGCCUUUCUCUUCCUCUGCUACCGCCAGCUGGUACCGGAUUGAAUGAAAAUGCCCUCAAAGUACAUACAUACAUAUGCACAUUAGACUGGCCGUAACUUUUUUUUUGUUGAAAUCCAUAAAUUUUCGGGUCUUAAAACAUGAGGUUAGGAGUAGUGAAAAACGGUGUAAUUUUGUAACCCGAUCCGAUGAUGCCUAACCGUGCCCAUUUGAUCCCAAAGUAUGGACAAUUUCAAAAAAUCACAAUUUUUACCAAAUUUUUUUUUGUUUCCAAUUUAUAUAAUUAAAUUUAAUUUAAUAUGUAUAUACUUAAUAUAUAUAUAAUUUAACUUUAUUUAUAUAAUUUAUUUUAAUUUAAUAAAAUUUUAAUUAAAGAAUUGAUUGUCUAUUUAAUGAGAGAGAUGGUGUAAAACGGAUACAAUUGCCUGUAGUGUCUUCUUCAUUAUAAGUAAGCGAUCUGUUGUAGUCUGUGAUCAAUUUCAAUGCUCUCUCUGCAGCGUCAUUAACUACAGACAAAUGCUGACAAAUUCGUUUUCCCGCUAUAUAGUCUUCUUUUUCUUGCCAUGUUGAAGGAUCUGAUUCUAAAAAACUUGUUUCAAUUCCUAAGCGGAUAAAGAAUGUUUUAGUUCUUGAUGAUUUCAUCAUCAAAAUCAUGUAUAUUCUUGCUGCCGUAAAGCAUUAUUUCUGACAUUGUUGCAACAACUCUCUUUGGAACAGCAUCUUCCUUCUGGUUAUCGCUAGUAAUAUGUGAAGGAAUUUGAUCAUCAAAAAAUGAAAGACCAACCGCCUCUUCCGACAAAUACCAUAAAUGAUUUUUAAUUUUAUGUAACAAGGCAUUGGAUAUAUUCUUAUCGAAAUAUACAAUCACAUCUUGAUUGAGCUUAAGGUCAUUUUAUAGAGCAGCUAUUGGAUCCACACAACGAAACCAAUAUGGAACGUAGAUGCAGGUUAAAAAAAUACAAACGCUUCUUAGAUUCUUUAUCUCUGAAGUCGUUAACACGAAUUGCUCGCGAAACAGAAACAUUUUGUAGCAAUAUAGGCACUUCGACAUAAACCUUGCGUGUGAUGUUGCACCACUUGUUGCACUUGUGAAAAAUUUGGUACGUCUUCCCCAAAAAAGAGCAACGAUAGUUGUAGUAAUUCUUUAUAAUCGGCACGAGUAUGGUGACUAUUUAAUGCAGGUAGACAAAAAUUCUUAAAUAUUUCCACUUCAGCUACUGUAAAGACUUUCCGAACUUCAUUUUCCGAUAUUCCACUUUUGAAUGACAUUAAUUUUUCCAGCUGAUGGAGAAACGAUUGAAUAAGGGAACUUCCGGUGCUGAUGAUUUGCCAAAAUUUAGUUCGAACACUGCUUUGACUAGCAACUCACUAACAUGGUGACGACAGGGAAAGGAAAGUAGAUUUCGGCCCAACCUUUUUUCAAGCAAGAACGCUGCUCCAUUAUUAACUCCCGUAUUAGCAGCUGUUGUAUCAAAUGAUACAAUUUCCACUAAAUCAUCGAGCUUCCACUUGCACAAAAAAUUAUGUAUUUCUGCAGCUAUUGCAUCUCCCGUUGAACUUUCAAUUUUUGGUAUCCCCAGCAGUUUUUCCAUAUUUUCUCCUGUGACAACGAGAGACAAUCUAUCUUUCUUUUCUGUGCCUCAGAUUUCUGCAAGCAGCUUGCCAUCCCAGUGAAGGAUAAAAACGUCGGGAAUCUACAAACAAGUAAAAAGAAAGGUCAAGAAUCCAAAAUUUUAUAAACAUAUUCAAUAAAACCAUUAGCAGCUGGCUCAACACACCGUUCAUAAAACACAAUUUCUAUUACUCAACUGACGGUGGCAUAUUUUCCACGAAUCACCAAUCAGUUAUGUGUGCUGAAAGCGCCUUUUGUCAGGUGGCUUUCGCGAUAUAAAUUGGGUCAUACCGCCAUAAAGUAAACAAGAUCAUUAAUUAAAAUCGCAUCACAUCAAUAAAUAUAAGAUUCGAACAAAAUAAUUGGAAACGAAAAAAAAAAUUGUAAAAAUUGUGAUUUUUUCAAAUUUUCCAUACUUUGGGAUCAAAUGGGCACGGUUAGACAUCAUCGGAUCGGGCUGAAAAAAUAUACCGUUCUUUAUUGCAUCUAACCUCAUGUUUUACGACCCGAAAACUUUUGGAUUUUCGAUUUUUAUUUUUCUCCAUACAAGCUGCGGCCAGUCUAAUGCACAUACAUGCAAAAAACCACGAAAGAUCUGUGAAAUAAAAUGAAUUUACAUCAAAUUUAAGUUUGUUAUUAUAAACGGAUUCAGUAAAUUUGAAAUUGAACUUCCCUUCCUUGAUGCAAUAAUAUAAAGUAUUGUGUCAUUGACACUUAAAGGAUUACGAUUACGGCGUGAACUGUUAACUACUUGUACGGCAACAAUGUAUGUAACAAUUUAACACGAAUAUUAACAUAGAAAUUCAUAUAUAAAUGAAAAGUGUAAUGGUAGUUAAAUUACAAAAGUAACAACAACAAUAUACCUAUAUUAAAUAAAUAAACAGGAAUCGGAAAAUGUUAUUUAAGUAAAAUGUCGAUUUGCGCGUACUAUGUAUUUGCAUGUAAGAUAUAUAUACAUACAUAUAUGUGUAUGGAUAUGUUAGCUAGUAAAGGAGAAUGUCGACUGAUGCAGCGUUGGAAGGUUGAUCAAUAAAUUGGCAAAUUGUCACAUGUAUUCUCAAGUACAUACUUUACUCUUACAUCCAUCUAGGCUUAAACCCAUUGUUAUUUAAUAUUAUAUAUAAAAAUGGAAUAUGUAUAAAUAUAUCAACUAAAUAUGUAUAAACACACAUACACAUACAUAUAUGCUAACAUAAAAACACAUACAAUUAACACACAUACAUAAAUACUUACAUAGACACACCUUAGCCCACUUACAAAUGUAGGCCGCAUAAAUUGAAUGGCGAACAAAGAUACGAACAAGGAUAAGAUAAUUUGGAAGUAAUGACCAAUAUAUGCAUACAACUACACACAUCUAUAUAUAUACAUACAUUAAUAUAUAUAGUGAUAUAUAGUGCAUAUAUAAUUACAAUGUAUGGUAAAUCGUAUGUAGCGGCAGUGAUUGUUAAUUGCUUUGUUUGUUUGCAUUAGAUUUUAUAAUUUAUAAUAACAAAAAAGAAGAAGAAAACAGAAUGACUGAUAAAUCACAAAAAUAAAGUACAUCUAAUAACAAAUAAAUAAUA